AUGCAGCAGCACCUCAUGCAGAUACAGCCCAUGCUAGCAGCUUAUUAUCCCAAUAAUAUCACUACUGAUCAUAUUCAACAGUAUCUCGACGAGAACAAGUUGUUGAUCUUAAAGAUUGUUGAGAGCCAGAAUUCUGGGAGAUUGAGUGAAUGUGCUGAGAACCAAUCAAGGCUGCAACAAAACCUCAUGUACUUGGCUGCAAUUGCGGAUGCUCAACCACAACCGCCCACGGUGCACGCUCAGUUUCCUUCCGGUGGUAUUAUGCAGACAGGAGGUGGACACUACAUGCCGCACCAACAAGCACAACCGCAAUCGCUUAUGGCCUCACGGGCCUCCAUGUUGUAUGCUCAGCAACCAUUUUCCUCCCUGCAACAGCAACAAGCCAUGCACGGUCAGGUAGGCAUGAGCUCCGGCGGAAACACUGGCUUUAACAUACUGCAAAGUGAAGCUAGCUCCGCAGGUCGUGGUGGAGCCUUUGGGGCCAGAGCGUUUCCGGAUUUUGCACGUGUCUCUUCUGUAGAAGGCAUGCACGGUGGUGGCAAGGCAAUGGAAGGUGGAUGCAAGCAAGAUAUUGGGAGUGCCGUCGGGUCACCUGAAGGUCGUGGAGGGAGCUCUGGUGGUCAGUGUGGUGAUGAGAAUUGA